GAAUCUUGUUCUAGUCUUCUGCCUCGUCUCGUCUGGUUGGUAGAGCAAGCAGAGAAGGAGCAGUUGUGGUGUUUUAAUAACAUAAUAGAGCUACUUUAUUAACUAAGCAGUUUUUUGUUUCUUCUAAAUAGAUUCUAGAUACAAGAUCCUUCAUUUCCUAACAGUUAAUCAAUUAAUUAAUCACCUAAACCCAUUAUGUUAAACCUAAAUUCACGACUUGCAAGAGUAGGAGUUUCCAUCGCCAAACACCUCUGCACAAGGGAUUAUACAUAUACUCGAGGCGCCCGAAAUUAUUGCUUGAAACCUUCGUUUCAGAAGAAUUCAUUUACUAAUCUAUACAAGGGAGCCAUGUUUGGAAAACAUAAUUUCCUAUCAACAUUUUCUAACAACACUACUGAGGGUGGGAGUGAAGAAAAGGAAACAAUAUCUGUGACUUUUGUUGAUAAGGAUGGUGAGGAAAAGCUUCUACAAGUCCCUAUUGGAAUGUCUAUGCUAGAAGCUGCUCAUGAAAACGACAUUGAUCUUGAAGGAGCAUGUGAGGCCUCACUUGCGUGUUCAACUUGCCAUGUUAUUGUCAUGGACGUAGAAUAUUACAACAAAUUAGAAGAUCCUACCGACGAGGAAAAUGACAUGUUGGAUCUAGCUUUUGGGCUUACUGAAACAUCACGUCUUGGUUGCCAAGUGAUCGCCACACCUGAACUUGAUGGAGUUCGUUUAGCUAUUCAUGCUGCCACUCGAAAUUUUGCUGUUGAUGGUUAUGUGCCGAAACCUCACUAAUUAUUACCGGAAAUUCUGUGUACAAUGCAAAGAAUGCAGCUAUCUCAGUUUUGUAGUUUCACACCAAGUUAGAUAAAUGAGCAUUUAUUGAUCAUUGGUAUUUUUUGGUACUGAGUUUAGUCGUGAUCACCUAGCUCAUCUGUAUGACAGACCAGGGAGAUCGUGGUGCUUGCCAAUAAUCUUCUUGUACUGUAUUAUUUUUACUGUAACAGUGAAUUCUGUCUUAAGUCUUAACACUUUCUAACUCUAAAUAAAUAAAAUUUCAAAAAGGCGAAGAUGAUUCUUGUAUUUAUGAAUAUUGAUUCAUAGUAUACAACUGAUAGUUUUCCUUUA